AUGGCGGCCAGCAUAUUUCCCCAAGCCCAAGGCGCCGCCGGCCCGGCUUUCCCUCCCGCUGAGCCGCCCUCCCGUCCUCCUAACCUAGAAUACGAGCGCCAGGCCUCUGCUCAAACUGUUCAGACGCCCGCAGGCACAGACAGGGGGGACGCUAUCCCUCCGCCCCCGAGGGCCCCAUUUAGACCGAGCUACAUGGCCAACCCCCACUCGAGGGCCCGCAGAGAGAACCCGGGCCCGGAAGUCAUCGCCUCCCGUGUGGCGGCCGGGGUUUCCGCAAAUUACCGCGGAAAUUAUAGACUGGCGAGAAACCGCCCGGCCAAUAUCCCCCAGGAGGAGAAUUGCUCGGUCUACAUCACCGGGCUGUCACCUACCAUCACAACCCACCAACUCCUCGCCGCGAUUCACAACACCGGUCGCGUAUGGGCCAGCGUCAUCAGCCCGCCCACUCGCGAGCACGGAAUGGCGGCGGCUAAGAUCACUUUCUUUACCUCGGUGGCGGCCCAAAUCUUCCUGGCCCGCGCCAAUGGUCCCGGCCAGCCCGGUUUCUUUGUGGAUGGCAUCCGGGCGGUGGUGCGGCCGGACCGAAACCGGGUGGCUGAGGCACCGGAGCCGGAGGAUCACACCCGGUGUCUCUCCAUCGCCGGGCCGGUAGACAUCGUGACCGUGCCGAAUCUCAUGGCCCACUUCUCUAGGGAUUUCGUCUUCGAGGUCGACGAGAUUGUUCCCCUCGUGAUGGGGCAGUCCAUCAACAUCCUGGAGUGGCGCUUUGGAUCGUAUAGAUGCCAGGCCCAGUGGGCUUGGAGGAACCUCAGGGAGAAUCCCUUCUUUCAGUCACGCGGGGUCCGUGUCCAGUUUGAGAAUGACCCUUGCGACCUAUAA